CUUCCCAAACCAACAAUCUACAACAGUUCAUGGAUAAGGACAACAACAUGAGCUGGAUAAUGUCAGGAGCUUUGCAAUAAAGUAACAGAAUAUCUCAUUCGGUACGAUGUUGAACACGACCACCCCGAAAGCUCUUCAAUCCUGUGAGGAAUAAUGUUUUAUUCAACGUUACUGAACUCUGCCAUUGUGUUCAUAGUGGUUUUGUUACUCAGAUAAUGAGCCAUUACUGUCCUCUUCAUCUUCAAGAAUGGACGGCAGACCGAAGGAGAAUUUCACCCAAAAACAAGACACCUCCGCUGUAAGACAUCGAAAAACAUGUAAGGUAAACGAGGGGGCUAAGUUUCAUUCCCAGCCUCAUAAUGGGACCAUUAUUGGGGCAAAUAAGAUCACCAAACGAGAAGGAGGACACAUCAGUUCAGCCUGCAGAGAUGAUCAUGUGCCCGUUUUUAUUUUGGCUCUGGUGGUUGUGUUGUCUGUAUCUACACGCUUUUACAAGAUCACUGAGCCUCCUCAUGUAUGUUGGGAUGAGACUCAUUUUGGGAAAAUGGGAAGCUAUUACAUUAAUCGCACCUUCUUCUUUGAUGUCCAUCCGCCCCUUGGAAAGAUGCUGAUCGGCCUCGCUGGAUACUUGACAGGUUACGAUGGGACCUUUCCCUUCAUAAAGCCAGGAGACAAAUAUGAGCACCACAAUUACUGGGGGAUGAGAGCGUUCUGUGCUGCUCUUGGUUCCUGUCUGCCUCCUUUUGCCUUUCUUAUUGUCCUGGAGCUCUCCCAGUCUCCGGCAGCAGCGCUCAUCGCAGCCUCUCUGCUCAUCUUUGACACUGGUUGCAUCACCCUGUCCCAGUACAUCCUGCUGGAUCCCAUUCUGAUGUUUUUCAUUAUGGGCUCGGUUCUGUGCAUGGUCAAAUUCAACAAGCAGAGACUCGGGCCUUUCAGCUUCUCCUGGUGGUUCUGGCUGCUACUGACAGGGCUUUGCCUCUCUGGGUCUCUUGGUGUAAAGUUUGUGGGGCUGUUUGUCAUUCUCUUGGUUGGAAUCAACACAGCGCUUGAUCUGUGGAGGCUGCUUGGGGACCUCAGCUUGUCUCUGGUGGAUUUUGCGAAGCACUUACUAGCUCGAAGUUUUGGGUUGAUAAUGCUCCCGUUGUUCUUAUACACCACAAUAUUUGCCAUCCACUUCAUUGUCUUAAACAGGAGUGGUCCAGGGGAUGGUUUCUUCAGCUCUGCAUUCCAGUCUCGCUUGAUUGGAAACAAUCUACACAACGCCUCCAUGCCAGAGUAUCUGGCAUAUGGCUCAAUCAUAACAGUGAAAAAUCUGCGAAUAGCAGGAGGAUAUUUGCACUCUCACUGGCACCUUUACCCAGAGGGGGUUGGAGCUCACCAGCAGCAGGUUACUGCCUAUUUACACAAAGAUUAUAACAACCUGUGGUUGGUCAAGAGACUUGACAACUCUGAUGACCUCACAGGCUCACCAGAGCUGGUCCGACAUGGUGAUAUCAUUAGACUGGAGCAUAAAGAAACUACAAGAAAUCUUCAUAGUCAUUUCCAUGAAGCGCCCCUGACCAAAAAACACCUGCAGGUCACAGGUUAUGGCAUUAAUGGCAGUGGCGACGUGAAUGACCUGUGGCAGGUGGAGGUGUGUGGAGGGAGGAAGGGAGAUCCGGUGAAGGUGCUGCGCAGUAAAGUGCGUUUUCUCCAUCGUGCCACAGGCUGUGUGCUCUGCUCCUCUGGAAAGACCCUUCCCAAGUGGGGAUGGGAACAGGUGGAGGUCACAUGCAGUCCUUAUGUCAAAGAGACUCCAAAUUCACAGUGGAACAUUGAGGACCACAUAAACCCUAAACUGCCCAACAUCAGUCUUUCUGUACUCAAACCCACUUUCCUGGAGAUCCUCUGGGAGUCCCAUAUUGUGAUGAUCAGGGGAAACAGUGGUUUGAAGCCCAAAGACAACGAGAUGAACUCUAAGCCCUGGCAUUGGCCCAUUAACUAUCAGGGUUUGAGGUUUUCCGGAGUCAAUGAAACUGAAUACCGUGUUUAUCUGCUUGGAAACCCUGUAAGUGUCUCUGUCUUUUUUUACACCCUCCAUUUUCCAAGACCUCUUGUUCCAUCAUUAGUAAAUAUCCCUUCACAUCCUCAGGUCAUUUGGUGGCUGAACCUGUCAAGUCUGGCUCUAUUUGUAAUCCUGCUGACGGUGGCUUCAUUAGCAGCACAGAGAAGAGUGAAGAUGGAGGGAAUGAUGAAAGUGCACUGUCACACACUCAUGGAGGGUGGCGGGAUGCUGUUUUUGGGCUGGCUUUUACACUAUCUCCCGUUCUACAUCAUGGGUCGCAUACUCUACUACCACCAUUACUUUCCUGCCAUGAUGUUCAGCAGUAUGUUAACAGGUGUUACUCUGGACAUCUUCCUUCAGAAUUUGCAGCUUCUCUUUAGCUCAUCUUUAUCUCAUUACCUGAUGAGGGGAGGUCAAUCUGUGCUCCUCUUAGGGGUUAUCUACAGCUUUUAUCUUUUCCACCCUCUCUCCUAUGGCAUGAGAGGGCCGCUGGCGCAUGACUCUGCCUCCUCCAUGGCCGGCCUCAGGUGGAUGGAAUCCUGGGAGUUUUAGACAAACAUUUGAAGUGUUGCCACUUCAUAAAAUGUUUUUAAAACUAUUUCAUAUGUUACAUGUUGACAUUUCAGUGUUGAAGGAAAGCAUUUAGUCUGAUCUUAGGCUGUGUUGAACAUUUUCAAAUAGUAUUUUUGUAAUGUAUAAAGUUGCGAUAUUUUACAGUCAUGUAUUUUACAUAAAAAUCUGAUGUCGUGCAACUGCUGUAGCUGGACUGAAAUAAAUUGAUUGAAAACAUUGAA